AACAAUUUGUAACACAUUAUGUUAUUAAAUAAUUACAUUAAUAACGCCACCAAAUGUGUUUGGUUUAUUUUUAAUUUGUAAACGCAAUAUCAGCUAUUAAAAACUGGUGGCGCUAGGCGGGUUAGCUUGUAUUUUUGAAACAUCCUGACAGAUGAGAGAAGAAGAAAGCAGGCAAAAUGGCAGCGUACUCAAGAAGCAUGAUCUGCCUGAUUUCCAUGAUAGAGCGACAUGCUUUCCUAACAACCAGGAGCUGUGUCACUGUGGAAUCAAAACGGUAUGUACGCGGACUGAGGAGGAAACCUGUCAGAGUGCUGUUUCCUGAAAACGAGACGGGAAAAGUCGUAAAGGUGCCUCAGAUUCAGUCAGACGAGCCAAAGAUCCAGAGGGAGACCAAGGGAAGAAUCAUAUCUGCAGGUACACAGCAUCACGAAGAGAGAAACUCUGUCAGGACGAGGACUGAUGAGCAGUCAGCUACGAAACAUGCUUUUACUGUGACAAAGAAUGAAGUGGACGGACUGCGCUAUGAGAGGGCUUCGCCUGGAGAUAAAAGACUGGCGAGGUUAGUGAGUGUGGCUCGUUCCAGGACAUUUCGGGACCACCAAGGUAAAAUCCUUCUUGAAGGCAGGCGUUUGAUCUGUGACGCCCUGGAUGCUGGUGCUAAACCACAGACUGUGUUCUUCAGCACGGUGGAUCGACUCAGAGAGCUGCCCUUAGAUAAGCUGAGAAGGGCCACACUAGUGAAAGUCAAGUUUGAGGACAUCAAGCUCUGGUCUGACGUUGUAGCCCCACAGGGAGUGAUCGCGAUAUUUUCUCGCCCAGAUCCGGCACGGUUAAACUUUGCAAGUAAAGGUCACUCAGUGCAUUUGUCUCUGAUAUGUGACAACAUCCGGGAUCCUGGGAAUCUCGGGACUAUGCUGCGAUGUGCUGCUGCUGCUGGCUGUCAUAAUGCCCUCCUCACAAAGGGUUGUGUGGAUGUUUGGGAGCCUAAAGUUCUCCGUGCAGCAAUGGGCGCCCAUUUCCGCCUUCCCAUCUAUCCCAGCCUUGACUGGGAUGAUGUUGAAAACCAUCUCCCUAAACCCGUGACUGUCCACGUGGCCGACAGCAGUGGCAGCCCUGACAGAAGUAGAGAAGUAGAGGUUAAUGUGUCUCCUGAACCCUCCAAAGCUGGAGAUUACGGCUGGGUCAGCUCAAGACCCAACCGCAAAAACAUGGAGUACGAGGAUUACGAUUCUGAUUCGGACUCUGAACAUGAGGGACUUUCACUCCCCAGAGUGGACACUAAGCUGUACUAUGACAGUUGGGCUCAAAGCCCAACUGCUCUUGUGAUAGGUGGUGAGACGAAUGGUUUGAGUCUAGAAGCAGUCCAGUUGGCAGAGAAAACUGACGGCCACAGGCUCUUUAUUCCCGUUGUUCCUGAUGUGGACAGCUUGAAUUCUGCCAUGGCAGCUAGCAUUCUUCUGUUUGAGGGCAGGAAGCAACUCUUAAAACUACUGCAAACAUCUGGAAAGAAACAUCAAUGUAAAGCUGAGAGACAGUUUCCAUGAUGCUUCUAUUAAAUAUCGGACUGAACAGAGUGUCCCAUAUAAUACUCUUAACAGUAAAUUUGCAAACUGUGUUUAUGAUUUAUGUGAAUUUGAAUGUGUUGUUUUCUUUCACUGCAAAAAACCAAAACCAAAAAUAAAGCAUUAUCUACAGAUAAACCUUAGAGAUAAAUCUGGAUUAGGUGACUGAAGCAUCCCUCAGUUAUGAAACUACUGGCUCAGGCAGAUAACUUUCCUUGCUGUACUGAGCAUGUUGUCUCCACUCGCCUCACUUCAUCAGUAUACAUGCCAUUAAUUCACAUCAUUAACUCCUCUCCAUGCUCCUGUUUUUUCUGUUUUACCCCCAAAUGAGUCUCUGAAUGUGGUUCUGUUGGAGGUCUCUUCCUGUUAAAAGGAAGUUUGAAUUAUUAUGAUGAAUACAGUUGAAAGGUCAAAGAAUUUUUGGUGAGUUCCUUAAAACAACUACCCUCAGUUCCUCAUAUUCAUGGAAAUUUUAAAGGUGCGCUUUAAUUUAAAUAUUUGUAUUAGCAACAAAAUACAUCAAAUUUCUGUAAUACUGCAACUUUUUCCCCCCCACACACAAGCUUUGCUGUAUGUGUUAAUCAAGAUUGCAUCAAAUACUUUUAAGUUCAUAAUAAACCUUGUGCUGGAAGGUAAGCAAAAAAAGAAAAGCAGCUAUUUCUUCCCUUCUGAUAGUUUUCUGUUGGAGCCUUAACCAGAUGUCUGCUCUUAUUAAACAAAUGGAAAAAAAUGUUUUUUUAUUAGCAGCUAUAUUGUUUAUGCAAAAGUGCAGACAUUUACCCUGCUUACCAGUACAGCUCAAGGUCAGAAGUUUCUAUUCCACCUGAGAUUUUAGUGCAUCAGCAGAGUCGAGGUACAGACUCUCCCAUAAUAAAUGCAACAUUGAGUUUGUCAUUUGAGCCCACACAGUUUAAACUUCUGAGAAAGGAACUGGAGCGUCACUGCACUGUGUGUCUUUUCCAUAUUCAAGAGCUAACUUUAUUGAUAAAACUUAGCAGGAACAAAACUCUUGUGCUUGCCAGUGAAUGUUUAAUUGGUGUGAGAAGCUAUGACUAAGGUAGCAGGAUAUAAAAGGGAUUUAUACAUUCAACUUUUCAAAAAAGAAAAAGAAAAAAAAAAGCCAUUUUUGUGCCUCUAGAAAAAAAACAAAAAACUGGACUUUUUCCAUUAGGGGGACCUUCACAGAAAGUCCUCAUAAUGACUUUGAGAUGAGAACUGACUAGAGAUGACUUUCACUCAUGUCAUGACACAAGAAGACAGGGGGGUUAAAACAUCAGUCACUGGUCUGUCACAAGCAAGUAGAACAUGCUCUUUACUGUAUGUGCACCUGUCAAACUGUGGGAUAUUUAUUUAUUUAAAUAGGGCCAAGAAGGCGUACAGCUACAUCCAACUCAAGUUUAGCACAUCUGCACUACAGGUGAAAUACAACUGUGAAGAAAAAAAGAUUAUUUUAUUUAUUCUUUCUUAACUUCAUUCAGAAAACAAAAGUAACAAAUCUUGCAGACAAAACAGAAAGCAAAAGAUUGGCUGUAUAAGUAGGUCCACUGGGUAAUUCUCCGUUUUCUCUAGAAAUGCCACCAUGAGAGAAUAAAAAAAAAAUUUUUCUGAGG